AUGGGUGAGCUGGUCUCUCCAGCGGGUGCUCUCUCCCCCAACAACUUUUGGGAGAAGCACGUGCUCACUGGGGCCGACGGCGUGCUGCGAUUCAAGUCGGGUAGAAACGUGGUGCUGUCGAUCGAGGAGACGCGCACUCGCGAACGAGACUGUGCCCGCGUGCGGACCCAAAUCAUUUCCGAGUACAAAUGGGAGCGUCGCGACAUUGGGGGAAAUCUGAUGGACGUUCGCGACACGCUGAUCGCCUACCGAAAUGUUCCGGCUGAUGGGGAUGUCGAUGCUGUGCGCGUGAUGGAGAGGGAGAGCAAGCAGAGACAGCUCAUCAAGGGCUUCCGCGCACCCACCGCUGACGUCGCCUGGGCCCCUCACACACCUCUACUCGGUAUUGUAGAUGUUUUGGGAAAUCUCUACAUCUACCAGGUCACCCCACAAUGCCAAGUUCAAAAGUACCUCAACAUCAUGUACUCGGGGCAGGAUUUCCAGUGGGAGUCUCCGAAGAUCAGCUGGUGCGGCUAUGUGCCGGACGAGGAUGAUGAAGAAUUGCAUAUGGUUGCCGUCUACGAGAAAAACCGCGUCAUAAUCUACAACCUGUCCGAAAUUCGAUCGCCGGAUGUGGUUGAUGGCUACGAUACGACGCUCGACAAAGCGCUCGAUAUUGAGAAAGCCGUUUGGAGGAUUCAAGUUGAUGAGAGCAAAGAAAUCACGGCAAUGUCCAUUUCCCCGGACGCCACAGCGGUGGCCGUUGCAGUGAAUGACGGAACCGUACUCUUCUACAUGAUUGAAAACGAGCAAAAGAUCGCUCAAACAUGGCGCCCAGAUUUUGGAGGGCACGUGGUUUCCCAGCUCUUUUUCAUCGACAACAUCGCCGCCGCAGACAAAUCCGAGGAACAAUUCUGGAAGUUUUGCGUGGCCGUUGGGGACAGUGGCCGGAGGAUCCACCUGUUUGACUGCGAGAACUGGAGCUGUCUGGGGCGAUUGAGGCUCGACUCCCCACUUCAAGGCGUCCCGCUUCAUAUCCACCUUGAUCGCUCGUCCCGCUACAUCAUUAUCGUCGACGUGGAUGGAGCGAACAUCUUCUGCGUUGAGUUAGACUACAGCCAGGUUUACCCCAAAUUUUCUGCGGUUACACAGAUUGCCUUUUGCCAUCCGCUCGUAACUGCCGUGCCGUUUGGAAUCACCUUUGGCGAGCAGACAGAGGAUGAUGGCGGCUCGACGUUUGACGACGAGGACGAUGGCGAUAAUGACGGCAACAAAGUGAUCCUCCAUCUCUGUGGCAUCAACUAUAAAAAUUUGGUGCAGCUUGACAUCACCGUGGAGCGGACCGCUCAAUAUUUGCCGACAAUUGAUAUGAUUGACGUCGGGCAGCAGAAAGAACAAUUUGCCAUGGUCCCUGGCCCGUCAUCCUCAACCGGAAACGGGGGUGGACUGCUCCAAAUCGCCGGCGCGGCCCCGCUGCAGGGCAUCACCGAGAUGCGCUCCCAACUGGAGGAGUUGAACGCAAAGGUGGAGAAGCUGGUGGCGAGGGCUGACCGUGCUGAACAAGCCGAGCUGCUCCGUCGCAAUUCCACCGGAAACGAGGAGUUGCUGAGAAUGAUGCAGCAAUUUAAAGAGGAAAUGUCGUUGCGCGAGGAGCGUCUAAUAGCCAACGUGAACGAGUGCGUGCAGCAAACGAGGGACCACACGAUUUCUACGGUGCGAAGUUCGCUCAACGAAAAUUCGCUGUCGCUUGAGACCCAAAUACAGGCCAAUAACAAGCACGUCUCCGAAAUGAUCAAUCAGCGCGUGCACGAGAAGAUGCGCGAGGCCAUUCAGCAGCUCCUGGUUCCGGCCAUCGAGCGCACUUGCGGGCAGCUUUUCGUCCAGUUGAACGAGCACUUCCGGCUGGGCAUUGAGCAGUACUUGAGUCAGCUACGCACCCUACAACAAGCCACUGUCGAAUCGGCCACCCCGGCGCCGGUGCCCUCCGAGCGACAGCUGAUCGUGCAGCAGCUCCAUGCGUUGUUGCAGACCGGAAAUAUCCCGGCUGCGUUCGAACAUGCGCUCAAUCUGGCCGACGAAGAAGCCCUACUCUACGUCCUCCACCAGGUCAACCCCGACGAGUUCUUUUCCAAUGAUAACGUGCUCUCCCAAGCUGUCCUCCUCCCGCUUCUCCAGCAGCUCACCCGGGACCUCGACCGGGAGUCCGAUUUGAAAUUCAGAUUCAUGGAAUUCGUGCUUCCGGCGAUCAGUGUCUACGAUCCGGAGACGGCGCUUCAUGUCCCUGGAGUACUUACGGUGCUACUUGGAGAGCUCACAAAACUACGCUCCCGCGCCACCGAUCAGCAGACGCGCCGCGCUUGCCACAUCAUCAGCCGCGUCGCCGAGAACAUGCUCAACCUGAUCAAGAUGGGA